AUGAGCCGAGCGACUUGGCUCGAUGGCCUGCGGGGCAUUGCCGCGGCCAUUGUGGCGACAGACCACUAUUUCAUGGGCGCUGUUUUGCACGCUGGCUUCAGAUCUUUCUGGGCGGAUCCGCCCGAGGAGAAUCGUCAACUUAUGCAGCUGCCUCCCUUCCGCCUGAUCUUUGCUGCGCAUGCCAUGGUGCCCUUGUUCUUUGUCAUCUCAGGUUAUGCCAUCUCAAUUAAUCUCAUCCGACUGAGGGCCAGCAGUAACAGCGAAGGAUUCCUUCGCCGACUGUCUUCAGCGGUCACACGCCGCGGCUUACGCAUCUAUCUGCCUGUGUUCUGCAUCACGGUAAUUUCGCAGAUCCUCUUCUUUCUCAAUCUCUUUCAAUGGCAGCCCGGAGAUGAAAUCGUAUGGGGACGAAAGCCUUGGACUGCACCAUGGUUCCAUGUUACCUUCGUCGUUCGGUACAUGCUCGACAACAUCAACAUCCUCGCUAUCCAAUACAACGGUGGUCUUAAUGGCCAGCUUUGGACUAUGGCUCUCGAGUUUCGCGGCUCUUGUGUUGUUUAUCUCAUCCUUCUGGGCCUGGCGUUUUGGAAACCGAGGCCCCGACUUUGGGCGCUUGGAGCUUCGAUGGCCUACUGGUUCUACUUCGGGUUUUGGGAUGUAAUGGGAUUCUUGGCAGGGUACUGGUUGGCUGAGUUGCAGGUCUUGGCUGAGUUGAACACUGUCAGCACCGAGUCAGAAUACCUAACCUGGCUCAAACCAUAUAUCCCGGUCCAGGCGCGAUCCGUGAACUUCAGCGCGAUCCGAACGUAUUUCAUCUUCGCCGUCGGUAUCUGGCUUCUCUGCUUGAGCGACGACGGUGCUCUCCCGCCAGGAUAUCAGUUCCUAAAAAUUGCCGAAUCCUCGCGAUGGGAUGGAAAUUGGGGAGUCGUGGACAAGACGUGGAAAACGGUUGGCUCCGUGCUCGUUGUCUCUGCGAUCAGCACAACAAAACAACUUCAAUACCCCCUCGACUCCAAGCUAGUACAGUAUUUGGGGAGGAUCUCUUUCUCGCUAUACCUUGUACAUCAAUCCAUUUACCACUUGUUCAGCGACCCGGUCAGAAGUACCCUCUGGUACAUAGCCACAGGGGGGUUGCCGCCUGAUGAUGAUCACAAAUUUGCAUCCGCAUUCUGUUGGAUUGGGGGCUACGUCAUCCUCUCAACAAUUAACUUGUAUGCGGCAAAUCUAUACACGAGAUUCGUUGACGAACGAUGCAUAAAACUUGCAAAGCAGUUUGACCAAUGGGUCUCCCAGUAG